UAAUAAAUAAUAGUUUAUUAUCUAUAUAUGUGUAUUACCGGUAGUCGGUAUUAAAUAUUAUUACUCCUUCAGUUAUAUUAAUUUUUUAAAAACAUAGUAUUAUUCACACAUUUUCUUUUAUUACUUGAUUUUGUAUAUUUCGUAUAUUUAUUCAUGUAUAAACCUUUAACUGUUUGAAUAUUAUAAUUUUGUCAAAAAAUAAUUUUGUGUGAUUUAGAAUCAUCAAGUUUUAAUAAAAAUAAUUGGACUGAUUAAAAAUGUACACUAAAGAUUAUGUUUUGUCGACAAAUAGAUUUUACAAUAACGAAAAUGGUUUUGAGUUAGCGAAUUUUUUUUCAUUGCGAAAUAAUUCAUCUAAAAAAUGGAAUGAAAAAAAUAGUAUUGCUAAUUUACAAAGAAUCUCCGAGGAAAAUGAAUUAGAUUUUGAAAGUGAAAUUGUAUUGCAUUUAAAUGUCUUAAAAGCAAUUGAAGAACAAAGAUAUGAUGAUGCUUUUAAGGGACAACUUGCAAUUUUACAAAAUAUUGUGAAAUAUUUACAAUCAUCUGACAAUGAAAAUUGGAUGAUCCCACUCACCAAUACGAUUUGUGUUGAUCUUAGAUAUCUUUUAAAUGCGUAUGAUAAAUUUGAUACUACAAAAAAAAGUGUAAAAGCAGAAAGAUAUAAUGAUUUUCAAAAAAAAUUUAUUGAUGUCAUGAUGAUGUAUUUUCGUAUAUGUUCUGGAGAUAUUCGGGCACCAUCUCACCUUUCAAAGCGCUGGGCAAUGAUGUUCAUUGUUAAUCAAAUGUUACAAGUAUAUCAUAAAAUCAAAAAGUUUCAUUUGACUACUGGUUUAACAAAAACUAUAUUUAUGUGUCCAGACAAAACAAUAUUUCCUGUAGCUCAUGCUGUAACUUUUUACUAUUUUACUGGCUGUAAAGAAAUAUUUGAAGGAAAAUUCAAUAACGCCAGAGAUUAUUUAACAAAAUCAUUUCAAGGCUGUUAUAAAUGUUCAAUUAAAAAUAAGAGAUUAAUUUUAAAAAAACUCAUACCUCUCAAUAUGUUACAAGGAGUUAUACCAUCAAAAAGUCUUUUAAAAAAAUAUGAUUUAGAAAUUUUUGGAGAACUAUCAGAUUAUUUAAAAAUGGGUAAUGUGAAGAAAUUUCGAGAAUGUAUUGAUAUAAAUGAAGUGUACUAUAUGCAAUGUGGUGUUUACUUAAUUUUACAAAAAUUAAUUAACCUCGUUUACAGGAAUCUCUUAAAAAAAUUUUUUUUAAUUGCAAAUAAUCACAUUAUACCAAUUGAAACAAUUGCUGCAGUUCUCAAAACAUAUGAUGAUCCUGAAACUGAUUUUGAUCAAGCUCAAUCUUUAUUAGUGAAUUUGAUUUACAGAGGUUCACUUCGUGGUUAUUUAUCACAUGCACAUAAAAAAGUAGUUUUGAGUAAAAAAGAUCCAUUUCCUACGGGUAAACAGAUUUUUGAUAAAACAACAAGAUCCAUAAAUGAAAUAGGACAUAAUUAAUAAGGAACAUUCAAUUUUUUUGUUGUGAAUAAAUAUCAUUGAGAAUAAGGAUACUAAAAAAUAUAUAUGAUUAAGUAACAUUGUUUUCAUCUUCCAAAUUAAUUUGAUAUAUUAACUUCAAUGUUUUUUACAAUAUUAUAUAUUUUUAAUAUUAUGUUUAAAUUGGAAUAGUUUUCAUACGGUAAAAACAAAGGACUAUUAAAAACAA